AUGCCAUUGUCUUUACAUGUUUUGAUCCGAGAAGUAGCAGGAAUCAAGGAAAAGAGGUUUAGAUUAAUUCAGCAUAUCACACAAAUUCAUGAUGGAGAUAUUCAUUGGCUCAACACAAUUUUUUUGGAAAAAAAUCAAAUUGAUAUAUAUUUCAAUGUUAAACCUGCUUGCAAAAAGACUCAAUCUUAUCAUAUGCUUGGAUAUCUGCUUUCUUCUUUAGUACCGCCUUCAACGUCCCAAACAUUUGAAGAUUAUUUAAAAAACUAUCUUACAAUUCUCACAACGUGGGAAACUACAACACGAGAUUUUGGAACUUGGACGCCUAGAAUGAAGGCAUUUUUUGGUUCAAGAGGAUCUCGCAAAAGUAAUUUUAAUAUAGAAAAUUCCUAUUUUGAUGAGGAGGAAAGUGUUACUAAAUCAUUAACAUAUCCUCAUUUACCUUUUAUGCCAUCCUAUACACAGACAGUUCUUGUAUUGUGCGAUCUUUUACGUGAAACAUAUACAGUUAUAACAAACAUUAUUUUAAAUACAAGAUAUAAUCGUUUUAUUGAAAUAUUCUAUAGAAUUGACAAUAAGAUUAAAAAAAUUCUUGAAACUAUGGCAAAAGAUAUAGAAGCAUAUGCACGAGAAAUGAUCAAGAAAGAAUUAAAUAGUUUGUUGCAAUUAUCAGAUACUGAAGAAGAUUCGAAUAAAGCAUCCAUUUAG